AUGGAAAUUGAGGGAAGCACGCAGGUGGUGGCGAAGAAGGUAUGGAACAUUGUACGCGUGAUGUUCUUCAUGUUGAGGAAGGGCAUAGCGAAGAGCAAAAUAAUGGUGGAGUUCCAUCUCAUGCUGAAGCGGGGGAAGAAGGCCUUGGUGAACAACCUCAUGCUCAACCACCAUUACUUCAUGGCCUCUUUCACCUGCCGCUCCCAACACAACCACACCACCUUCUUCUCCCCACGCGACUACGAGUUCAGCUGCAGCAACAGCCCCGCCAUCCCUUUCCACGCCGUCAAACGUGCCCACAAACACCACCGCUUCUCCAAACCCUCCCAAUACGAAGACGUUUCCACCCUCUCCGCAGUUCAGAAGGUUCUUGAAAUCCUCAACAACGAAACCAGCACCUCCCCCUUGCCCGGCUUCGGAAAAAGCCCUGUUGGGAAACAACUCAGAGUCACCGACUCGCCCUUCCCUCUUAAAGACGGUGGGGAUAGCCAAGUCGACGUGGCAGCCGAAGAAUUCAUCAAGAAGUUCUACAAAGACCUCAACUUACAGAAAAAAAUGGCAUAUAUUGAGUCCCCAUAUCAUAAUUCAUGGAGCAGAUGA